AUGCCGUUACCACCAGCUUUAUUAGCUAGACUUUCGAAACGAGGAAUUAUUAAAACCCCUGAAGCCAAGAAAACAGAGGAUGUUGAGGAAGUAUUUGCUGAGGACUAUGAUGAACCCACUGAACCUUUUACUGAUCUAGAUGCCCCUGAAACAGAUGCCCCAGCUGCAGAAGAUGAACCAGAUUUCAACAUGAUACGACUUAAUCGCUAUUAUUAUUGGAAUAUGCUUACUGAUCAGGUGUCUUGGUUAGCACCUUUGCAUCCCAAAGCCCAGAUAACGAUGUCCAUUUCAAAGGUAUCAGAAUCUCUUAAGGUUCCUUCGAAGACAGGAAAUGAUUCUGAUGGAAUGGAAAAUGACAGUGACAUGGAUGAUGAUGAUGACGACGAUGUUAGCGGUUCUGACUUGGAUGAAGAUUCUGAAGAGGAAGAGGAUGGCAGAAAACGAAGGGACUGGAAUUCCAAAAGGGAAACAAAAAGAGCUCAAGAAGAGCUCGAUCCUAUGGACCCUGCAGCUUAUUCAAAUGCACCGAGGGGCACUUGGUCGACAGGCCUAGAUAAAAGAGGAGAAGCAAAAACAGGGGCUGACGUCACUGCUACUGGGCCUUUGUACCAACAGCGUCCUUACCCAGCUCCAGGGGAUGUUCUUCGUAUGAACCGGCAACUUGAAGACAAUUAG